GUACGGUGACGGACGGUAGCUCCGCUAACAUGCGCCAUUGAAAAUAAACGUAGCCGAAACGGCGGGGGCCACUUUCUUUCAUUUUAUGUACCGGUCAGUUUGAAGCCAUUUCUUGGUCUGAAGUCAACGUCCAACACACUUCGAGACAAUGGAGAGUAUUUUAGAGCAACAGCGUCGCUAUCACGAGGAGAAGGAGAGGCUAAUGGAUGCUAAGACGAAGGAGAUGUUACACAAGAAGUCCACGCUGCGGGAACAGAUCAACUCUGACCACCGAACAAGGGCCAUGUUGGAUAGGUAUAUGGAAGUGAGUGGAAAUAUCAGGGACUCCUAUGAAGACAAAGAUGGAAUGAGGAAGGACGAGCUCGCUGCCAUCUCGGGACCAAAUGAGUUUGCAGAGUUCUACAACAGACUGAAACACAUAAAGGAGUUUCACAGAAAGCAUCCGAAUGAGAUUUCCAUUCCCAUGUCGGUGGAGUUCGAGGAGCUGAUGAAGGCCAGGGACAACCCCAGCGAGGAGGCUCAGAACCUGGUGGAGUUCACUGAUGAGGAAGGAUAUGGCCGUUACCUCGACCUCCACGACUGCUAUCUGAAGUACAUCAACCUGAAGGGAGCCGAGAAACCUGAGUACAUCACGUACCUGUCGGCCUUCGACCAGCUGUUCGACAUCCCCAAGGACAGGAAAAAUGCUGAAUACAGAAAGUAUCUGGAGAUGCUGCUGGAAUACCUGCAGGACUACACCGACCGGGUCAAACCCCUGCUGGACCAGAACGAGCUGUACGGCAAAGUGCUGUUGGACUUUGAGAAGAAGUGGGACAACGGGACCUUCCCGGGCUGGCCGAAAGAGACGAGCAGUGCUCUGACACACGCCGGAGCUCAUCUGGACCUUUCUGCCUUUUCUUCUUGGGAGGAGUUGGCCUCUUUGGGUCUGGACAGGUUGAAGUCUGCUCUCAUGGCGCUGGGACUGAAGUGUGGGGGGACUCUGGAGGAGAGAGCUCAGAGGCUGUUCAGCACCAAAGGCAAAUCCCUGGAAUCCCUGGACCCUUCACUGUUCGCCAAGAAUCCCAAAGCCAAAGGGCCUAAAAAAGACACAGAGCGUAACAAGGAGAUCGCUUUCCUGGAGGCUCAAGUGUACGAAUAUGUGGAGGUCCUCGGGGAGCAGAGGCAGCUUACUCACGAGAACGUGCAGAGGAAGCAGGCCAGGACCGGCGAGGAGCGUGAGGAGGAGGAGGAGGAGCAGCUCAGUGAGAGCGAGAGCGAAGACGAAGACAACGAAAUCAUCUACAACCCCAAGAACCUGCCGCUGGGCUGGGACGGCAAGCCGAUUCCAUACUGGCUGUAUAAACUCCACGGGCUGAACAUCAACUACAACUGUGAGAUCUGUGGAAACUACACCUACAGAGGACCCAAAGCCUUCCAGAGACACUUUGCAGAAUGGAGACACGCCCACGGUAUGCGCUGCCUUGGAAUCCCCAACACCGCUCACUUCGCCAACGUCACUCAGAUCGAAGACGCCGUCUCCCUCUGGGCGAAACUGAAGUCCCAGAAGGCAUUGGAGCGAUGGCAGCCAGACACAGAGGAAGAGUAUGAGGACUCGAGUGGGAAUGUGGUGAACAAGAAGACCUACGAGGAUCUGAAGAGACAGGGCUUGCUGUAGAGAAGCGCAGAGGAAACGAAAAGCUGUCAAAUCAAAGGAGCGCCCUCUAUAAUCUGCGAUACUUUUUAAUCAUGGAUUUCCAUGUUUCUUUUUAUUUUGUAAGUACUAAUGUUGUUUUACAGACUGUGUCCCAUCCUCCAUUCCUCCAUUUGAUAACUUUGUAAUGUGGCAACCAUUGACUAUUAUAAUAAACUCAGUACUUUAUCACACA